AUGUAUCGCCACCGGAACUCUGUGUUGCCCCUGCAAUGGAAAAUUACACACAGUUCUCGCUGGAAGACGCAGUUGCUGGCCUCAGAGCUCAGUCUGAUUGCCUUCAUCCUGCUGCUGGUCAUGGUCUUCUCUAAGAAAUGGCUGUACAUCUCUGCGUGCCGCUUCUACCAGCAGUGGCCUACACACCUUAGAAAUAAAAUCUACACAUCAGCCCAUAUCAUGUCCAUGGGGCUCCUGCAGAUCUGCACAUCCAAGAACUGUCUCAUCUCAGAGAAUGGGAAAGUUGCCUUAGUUUUCUCCACCCUCAUAUUGUUUCCUAUUAAUGUCUGGAUCUUCGAGUUGAAGAGGAAUUUAUCAGUUCCCAUCGGGUGGAGCUAUUUCAUUGGUUGGAUGGUGUUUAUCCUAUAUGUCAUCUGUGCAUUCCUCUGCUACUUCAGCAAUAAAAAUUUCUGCAGUCUGAUGCUGAACUGUUCCUCUGACACCAUGUCCUGCAGCAGCAGUAUGAGGUCAGGUUCUCUGAGUGAACCAGUAGGCUCAGACAUCUCUGUCAAAUAG